UUCACACCGCAAAAAUGAAUGAUUGUAGUAGAUUUUUGGGGUUAAUUACUAUUAUUCUGCUCUAUUUUUGUUUUUCUUUUUCGUUUGCUCUUGAUAUUUCAUAUGAUGAAAAAGCGCUUACAAUUGAUGGAGAACGGAAAAUUAUAAUAUCUGGUUCAAUACACUAUCCUCGUAGCACUCCCGAAAUGUGGCCAUCUUUGAUCAAGAAAGCAAAGGAAGGAGGUCUCAAUGCCAUUGAGACCUAUGUCUUUUGGAAUGCCCAUGAGCCAAUAUAUCGACAAUACGACUUUUCGGAAAAUUUAGAUCUUGUUAGAUUUAUUAGAGCCAUCCAUGAUGAAGGGUUGUAUGCCAUUUUGCGUAUUGGACCAUAUGUAUGUGCAGAAUGGAAUUAUGGAGGGUUCCCGGUAUGGUUGCACAAUAUUCCGGGCAUUGCAUUCAGGACUAACAAUGAAGUGUAUGAGAAUGAGAUGAAGAUUUUCACAACUUUGAUUGUUGACAUGGUAAGAGAUGAAGGUCUCUUUGCCUCUGAAGGAGGACCUAUAAUCCUCGCACAGAUUGAAAACGAGUAUGGCAAUGUUAUGUGGGCCUAUAGAGAUGAGGGAAAAUCAUACAUACACUGGUGUGCCGACCUGGCUCAAUCUUUUCACAUUGGAGUGCCAUGGAUUAUGUGCCAACAAUCGAAUCCUCCACAAGGAAUGAUUAACACAUGCAAUGGUUGGUAUUGUGAUGGAUUCAAUCCUAGUAGUGGCAUUCCUAAGAUGUGGACCGAAAACUGGAGCGGCUGGUAUAAGGGUUGGGGUCAAAAAACCCCUCACAGAACUGCAGAAGAUCUUGCCUUUGCGGUUGCACGAUUUUUUCAAUAUGGUGGCACGUUACAAAACUAUUAUAUGUACCACGGUGGUACUAAUUUUGGUAGAGUAUCGGGAGGUCCUUACAUUGCUACAACAUAUGAUUACGAUGCACCCCUUGAUGAAUAUGGAAAUUUGAAUCAACCCAAGUGGGGACAUCUUAAGCAACUCCAUCUCCUCAUUAGAUCAAUGGAGAAUAUCCUCACACAUGCUGUGAUUAGAAAUGUUGAAUAUGGGAAUAUGAUGACAGCAACAAUAUUUGAGUAUAGAGGUGAAAGGGUAUGUUUCUUUGGAAAUGCGAAUGACAAAGAUGACAUAACAAUUAAUUUUGAGAACAAUAAUUACACUAUUCCUGCAUGGUCUGUUAGUAUCCUUCCCGAUUGCUAUACGGAGGCUUACAACACUGCUCGGGUCAAUACUCAAACAUCUAAUAUGGUAAUGAAGUUGAAUGACGCCGAUGAAUAUCAAGAACCGUAUAAUUUGCAGUGGACAUGGAGAUCAGAACACUUUGAACAUCUUAAGUUCAAUGACAAAAAGAUGGAGAAUGAUUAUAUUUAUACUGGUAAUCAAUUAAUGGAUCAGAAGUUUGCGAACGACACUAGUGAUUAUUUGUGGUACAUGACUAGUGUGGACAUUGAUCACAAGGAUCCGGCUUGGAAGAACAAUGUUACCCUAAAAGUUCACACGGCUGGGCAUGUACUUCAUGCAUUUGUUAACGGGAAGCACGUUGGAUCUCAAUGGGCCAAAGGUGGGCGCUAUGAAUUCGAUUUUGAAUCAAAGAUUAAAAUGAAAAAUGGAACGAACUUGAUAUCUCUAUUGAGUGUCACUGUUGGUUUGGAAAACUAUGGUGACCACUUUGAUGAAAUAAAAAAUGGAAUUCAUGGUCCGGUGAAAUUGAUGGGUGAUAACAACCAAGUGAAGGACUUGCAAAAUAGUACUUGGACAUACAAGGUCGGAAUCCAUGGUAUAGACAACAAAAAACUCUACUUGAGGAAAAAUCGGUAUGACCAAAAAUGGAAAUCAGAAAAUCUCCCUACGGAUAGGAUGUUUGUUUGGUACCAGACGACUUUUAUGGCUCCGUUGGAGAAUGAUCCAGUUGUGUUGGAUUUAUUGGGAUUUGGUAAAGGAAUUGCUUGGGUGAACGGCCAUAAUAUUGGGAGAUAUUGGCCAAGUUUUUUUGCUGACGAUAAUGGAUGUGAUUAUAAAUGUGACUAUCGCGGAACAUAUUCUAGUUCAAAAUGCUUGAGUGGAUGUGACCAAUCUUCACAAAGAUGGUACCAUGUGCCACGGUCUUUCCUCCAAGAUGACGAUAACUUGUUGGUUUUCUUUGAAGAGUUUGGAGGCAACCCUACUAAUUUGAAAAUCCAAACCGUCACGGUUGGAACAAUUUGUGCAAAUGCUUAUGAAGGGAACAAGUUGGAGCUAUCAUGCCAAGGAGGAACUAUAUCUGAAAUCAAAUUUGCUAGCUAUGGUAAUCCAAGAGGCUCUUGUGGAUCUUUUGAAAGAGGAACUUGUGAAUCUCCUAACACUACAACGAUCAUAAAAAAUGCAUGCGUUGGCAAAGGGAGUUGUGUGAUUGAUGCAUCCGAAUUUACUUUUCCUAAUAAUUGCAAACUCGUUGGGCAAAGACUUGCUGUUGAAGCUAUUUGUUAGACAAAAUUAUUUUAGGGUUUCUAAAUACUGAUAUUUUGAUGUUUUAGUUUUAGUUUGUUUUAGUGGUUGGAAUA